AUGUUGCGGUGAGUUUUCCAAAGUUUUAUGGUACAUACGAGAACAUUUCAAAGAGCUGCUUAUUUUAGGCUGUCCAAGAUAUCCCGUAUAUCAUCGUCUGUCUCGGUUUUUCGUCAUCUCAGCACUUCAAAUUCCCUGUCACGUCGAGUUCUUAUCCCCGAAAUCCCGCUGAAAAGAAUGCCAGGGAAAUUUGUGAGCGCUGAAAUCGCGGAACCCUCUGAUUUCGAGCUUAUGAAAGCCUACAGCGAGAAGAACAUGUCACAUGAGGAGUCGUUGGGAAUCGCUUUGGGUAUGAUGCUGCCCUAAAUUCGACAAAUUGUGAUAUUUUACCCAUUAUUCGAGUCUCAAUAAAAAAAUUUUCAGGCUGUGAUCCAAAAGCUUAUUGCGAGUAUAUCAUGGUCCCAGCUAUCAAAAGGGCUCUUCGUUUCCCAUACACAGUGAUGAUUAUGGACGGAGACCAGAUCGCUGGAUUUGCGCUGACUUCCAUCGAAGUUUUCGACAAGAAUCGCGAAGUUCCACCGCUUGGGCUAGAUGAUCAAGGGGAAUGUAAGUUGGAAUAGAGGUUUUGACUGUUUUGGGGGUAAAAUACGAUUACCGUUCUUUGCAAGGAUUCUCUAACCAUUAGAUUUAUUUACAGUACGUAGAAAAAAUGUGUUUUUUAAAUUUACCGGUUUUUUGGGUGAAAAAGUAUGUUCUUGGCCAGAAAAUUUAAUUUUUAGAACUUUGCUUCUACAGGGUGUUUCAAGAAAUUUGGCAGAAACUAAUUGCGAAUAUCUUUGAGCUCUUGGGAGUUAUCGCAGAAAUUCUUUUUGUUUCUAAAACUUGAUAACGGGCGGUUUUGUACUAAACAAAAAAAAAAUUUUUUUCGUCGGCGAAGAGGCCAGUUCUCGGCGGAGGCAUUUGGGGCCUUUUUUAAAAAUCACACCUUAUUACAUGGUGGAAACUCUGUUACAAUGGCCAAAAUCAUGUUUACGUUAAACCUCCGUGGAUUUUACGGUAUGCUUUUUUUGUUUUCGAUUUUCGCUCAUCCGCGGAGGCACGGCGGAGACCUCAGGUUUCGGCGGACGUCGUUUUGACUCUUUGGAUCAUUCAAUUCAGGUUGGAAAAAAGUGUGGAGUGAUUUUUUGUUGUCAUCCGAUGCACAGAUGCAAAAAUUUCGCACUUUUUUUCCCCGGCGGAGGAUUCGGCGGAGGCUUUAUCAAAGGGUCAGAACAGUCUUAGGAGUCCGGGAAAAAAACUCAGCUACAAGAAUCCAUCACAGCAACAUCAUUUUUCUUAUUUUUUGGUUCGGCGGACACAUCGGCGGAGGAUUCGGCGAAGGCUUUAUCAAAAGAGUCAAAGUUUUGUUUUGACCCUUUGAUAAAGCCUCCGCCGAAUCCUCCGCCGGGGGAAAAAAGUACAAAAUUUUUGCCAUCUGUGCAUCGGAUGACAACAAAAAAUCGCCCCAACCUUUUUUCCAACAUGGAUUUGCUAAAACCGAGGGCCCAAAACAAAGUCCGCCGAAAUCUGAGGUCUCCGCCGCGCCUCCGCGGAUGUUGCGUAAAAUCGAAAACGCAAAAAAAGCAUACCGUAAAAUCCACGGAGGUUUAACGUAAACAUGAUUUUGGCCGUUGUAACAGAGUUUCCACCAUACAAUAAGGUGUGAUUUUUAAAAAAGGCCCCAAAUGCCUCCGCCGAGAACUGGCCUCUCCGCCGACGAAAAAAUUUUUUUUUUUUGCUCAGUACAAAACCGCCCGAUAUCAAGUUUUAGAAUCAAAACGAAUUUCUGCGAUAACUCCCAAGAGCUCAAAGAUAUUCGCAAUUAGUUUCUGCCAAAUUUCUUGAAACACCCUGUAUUUUAUUUAGCCAAAAGUAUCCGGAUUUUUUUGAAAUUUCUGAAAUUUCCUCCCAACAGGCCACACAUCAACCUUUAAAAAGUUUUAAAAAAUCAAUUUUCCCCCUAAAUUUUUGCUUAUUUUUAUUCUCUUUGUCAGACGUGGACGAAGUGACCAAAGAUCUCGGAAUUCCCGAUGGACCGGAGAGAAUUUGGACAGGUCUGAUUCAGUACACCACCGAUGUUGCUCCACAUUUUUUGCAAAAACACAAAAAGUAUGUCGUGGCUCAUGAUGAACUCCUUUCGGUCAACAAGGAUUACAAUGGGUGGGUUUUUAAGGAUUUGUGAGGAGAACUCGUAUUUUACCAUGAAAUUUUCGUUUUUUGACUAAAAAUUGAAAAAAAGGUUGUUUUGAUUUUUCAAAAUGAUUUUUUAUUUUUUGAAAAAAAAUUUUUUUCGAAUCUUUUUAUUUUUUCUUUUAUUUUUUUUCAAAAAUUUUUUAAUUUUCCAUGUUUUGUGUUACAUAUGCAUUCAAUUUUUACCAUUUUUUUAAUCCCCAAUCCCCUAAAAAAUUUCAGAAAUGGCCUUGCCAAGAUUCUCAUGGCCGAAGGAAUCAAAGAGUUGGCCAGAGACCGCAUUUGCGAUUACUAUUUUGGCAACCCAACUCAUCAUGGCACAACCAUUGCCGGUGCUCGUGUUGGCGCCCCUCAACGUUGGAAACUCCCCUUCCAGGACAUCAUGAUCCAUGGCCGAUCCCCGAUGAAGCCUGAGGCCGGAAAUGUCGGGAUUGGCGCCAUUGGAGUCCACAUUGAACCCAUCGACAAGUUGAUGAAAAUUAUUGAGAAGAUGACCAAGGCCAAGAAGUUGUAG